AUGACUAGUCAAAAAUCAACAGAUAAUGAUCUUGAUUUUGAUAUUUCAUGUGAUGAAGAUGAAAAUGGUUUAUUGAUUGCUCAACAACAAAAGAAAAUGAACGAUUUAGAACAUAAAUUGAUAAAUGCUAAUUUAACAAUUCAAAUAUUGAAAGAUACAAUUCGAAAAUUACGUGCAAAUUUAGUUCAUAUUAAAGAAUGGGCAAGAAAACUUUCAAUAACUGAAGGACAAUUAAAGUAUUCAUUCGAAGAAAAAGAAAAAGUAACUGCACAAAAUAUAUCAAGACAUGUUUUCAGAGAUAUAUUACGUGAAUAUAAUAAUCGUAAUUAUCAUGGAGAUCAUUUAAAAUUGGAUAAAAAUCAAAUAAUAGUAGCUGAAAAAAAACGUUUAGCUGAAGAUGGUAAGCCGAAGAUGGUCGAUUCAUUAAUAACAAUGAAUAAUGAUACAAUUGCACAACAAACUACACAAGAUGAUCAUAAUGAAAAUAAAACACAGGAUGGUGAUAAUGCUGUUAAUAUUGCCCCAGCAGUUGGAUCACAGUAA